AUGGAUGGGGAUGAAGAGAGUGAUGCUACGGAUUGUCAGGAUGUUAAGGAGCUGGGUGCCUAUGUUCCAGCAGGACGUUUUGCUGCAAGUGGAGGAUUUCGCAAUUCAGCUGGAAGCCAGAGCAAACUUGCCGCCUCAGAUCAAGUGGUUUGUGGCCGCCACAAUGGACAGAUGGAUAUGGUUGCGGUUAUGGAGCGCAAGAUGAUGCAGCUGCUGCAGGCAGUUUUAGCAGCAGAAGCAAGUGGGGAAGAAGAGAAGGUGCACCUGGUGGUGUCGAUGGAUGAUGGUCACAGACUUCAACAGGCUCUGCAAUUCGUUCCGCCGCAGAAGAAAGUAGUCCUUGUCCAUAUCCACCGGCCAGCAAUGAUGAUACCAAUCCCAACCAUGGGUGGCGCAGUACAUGCAAGCAUACUUAAAGAUGACAUUGUGAGAGCCUUUAGGGAAGAGCAGAGGGGUCAGGCUCUUCAAGCCUUAAAGGGCUACGAGGAAAUCUGUACUCGAGCAGAGGUUCCAGCAGAGAUACUGAUGAUUGAGAACGACAAUGUGGCAGGGGGGCUUUUGGAACUCAUUGCAAACCACAAGAUCAAGACUCUGAUCAUCAUUGGUAUCAGCAAAAGUUGGGUAAACAGAUCGAAGAGAAACCUAGCAGCAGCUUUGCAGAAAGGCACUGACCCGACUUGCAACAUCUUUCAGCAGGAUGGAAGUGUCUUUGCUUUUGAAACAAAAGGGACACCUUCUUCCAUAAGCAGUCGCCGCUUCUCCCUCUCAUGCAGCAGUGGCAGCAGCCCGUCUCCUUUGUUGUGGGAUUCAUGUAGCACACCAUCUUCUGUCUUCUGGCAUUCAAGGAGCACACUUGAUAGUUUGGACCCUUCACAACUGGAUGACCCUUCUCUGGAGAAUGCUGGUUCCAUAUUUGAUGAUAGCAGGCUCAUUGCUAUCCUUGGUCAUGAGUCAAUUGAUGCUUUGAGGGAGCUAGCCCACCGCCCGAAUUUGACUGAAUGUUCACAAGGAUGGCACCAGGCAUUUCAAUCAAAGAACUCUGAGAUAUCUAGUGGAUGUCAAUUGAUUGGCGGCAUCGAUUUGGUCCUUGGAGCAAACUCUGAGAAUUUUGGGGAGGAAUACUGGAAGACCAUCAAUGGCUGGCCUGCAGCAUUUGAGCUUAUUGUUAGGGUUCUCAACACCACGCAGCAACAACAUAGCCACAACAGCAAUGUUCCUGGGGAGAGGAAGACACCAGAGAAGCUAUUUUGUAUACUAUACAUGCGCAAAGCAAUUGUUGAUUCAGAUUCCUCUCUCAGGAGAGUGCUUCCUGCAGAUUUUGUGAGUAAGGUAGACAGAGUCAUCACAGUACUGAAUGAUUCAGCAAGGGGAAUACUUCGAGAUUUUAAAGUGUUGAUCCAGAACUAUAGCUCGCAGAAAGUAGAGCAGGACGGAAGCAUCUUACUGAUAACCAGGUAUGUCAUGAAAUACAUCAGAUUGCUGGUAAAGCAUGCUGGCUCGCUUGAUCCCAUUUUGGGCUGUGGUCAAAACAGCGACUUGUUUGAGGGAGUAAGCUUGACAGGUCAUCUAGUACGUGGGCUUAUUAGUGACCUGAACAAUGUUGUUGAAGAAAAAUCUAGGUUAUAUGCUUCUCAACAAGGACUCCGGUGUACAUUCUUGAUGAACAAUGCUCAUUUUGUAAUCCAGGAGGUCGAGCAUUCGGAUAUACAGCUGAUACUCGGAGCUGAGUGGCUUAAGCAGCGCAGGGAUGAAUUUGAUACGUACAUGAGGGAUUACAUGUCCUCGACAUGGGAAAAAGCCACAUAUCAUUUGACAGUUGCAGCAAGUCCCCCUCAUAAAAGACUUAGACCUGGCCUCCUUGGUAUCUUCCACACAAACGCAAAACCACGUUUUGAUUCUUGUUUCAAGGAAACCUGCGACUCUCAAAUGCACUGGAAGGUGCCGUGUCCAGUUCUCCGGUCCAGGAUUCGUGAAAGCAUCUUGGAGCAUGUUGUUGAAGCCUACCAGGUGUAUUUGGAAACUCUGAACCAGCCUUCGAUAGGAAGUGCUGGGGAUUUGAAGAGCAGAGUCAGUGAAUUGUUUGAAGGGUGA